GAAAACAGAGAGUAGUUAAGCGGUCACGGACGCUAAAAGGGACAUGGCCACUGCGCACAGCAAAGACAAUGGCUCUCCUACCUCGGUCGCCCACAAGUUAGACGACGACCAGACUGACUCCGUCGUCGUGCGGCGCGACGACCUCGUCGUUAUCGACAACGCGGCGCUCGGCACAUUGUGCGAGGACGUCCAGAUCGCGAGUCGAAGAAACGCGGGCAUCCUCGAGGUCGAGUGGUUCCGAAACGGCGCCGAGCUUACGCUCUUUCAGACGUUCGCGAACAGGGCGGCUGCGGCGGCGCAGCACGAAGAAACGUGGACCGGCCAGGGGUUCAGCGGGCGCGUCGCCCGCUCCUGCCGACAUGUCCGAACCGUCUUGUACGGUCGUGGUCGUGUCGUGGACGACAUGCUCGCGACGCCCCUCGGCGCCGGCAUCGAGACGUACGCGCCCCUCGGCGCGCCAUUUCGCCGCCCGCGCGCGGACCCUGCCCCGGAGCGCUAUCGAAUGCGGUACGACAUGGAGCUGGUCACGGGCGACCUCGACGCCGUCAGGGCGUUCCUCCGCGAGCGGCAGAAUUUGGCGCGCGCCGACCCCGGCAUCCUCGACUUCGAGUUCUACUUCUCCGCGCCCCGCUCGGUCACGCUCCUCGCGUGCUACGCCGACGCGGCGGCCCAGCAGCGGAGCUUCAUCCGGUGGAUGAAGGCAGACGAGAUGAAGUCGGUGCUCGCGGUCAAGGACAUCUAUACCUAUGGCCGCGUGGCCUUGGAGCCCGGGGCCGCGCCGCCGCCGCCAGGUUGGACCGAGUUGAUGCUCGUCACGCACCACCAGGAGCCGGUGGGCCGGUGCUUCCAGCGCUAGUAGUUUUCCCUUCCCUAAGAUAAGAACUUAGAAGCCAAAAAAACGCGGACAGA